AUGACGGAAUCGUCGGACGUGGUUGUGCUCGAACGUUCUUUAUUUCAUGAGCAGAAUGUGUGGGUUUAUCAGGUUCCACCAGGUCAAAUCACAAGUCUUGCACCUCGUGCCGAUGCGUGGGAUCCUGAGAAUCCAUUUUUUACAGGUUCUAUACGUGUAUUACAAAAGGGUGAUGCGUGUUUCGUGCAGCUUUUUGAGCCUGAUGCUACUACUGAGUCAGAAGCUCGAGGUCCUCGACUUUUUGCACAGUGCCCAAUACAGAUCACAAGUGACAUGGCAUUGGACGCUUACGUCCACGACUGUGCCGACUCGUCACGCUAUUUCAUGUUGCGCAUGGAGGACGAACAGAGUAGUCGACGUGCUUUUGUCGGUAUUGGUUUUCCAGAUCGUACUGCUGCUUUUAACUUUAAAGCGACACUACAGGACUAUACCAAGUAUGCAAUGCGUCAGCUGGAGGUGCAGCAACAGCAGGUUGAGAAUGGAGCUACUAUACAAGAGCAGACUACAGCAGACCAAGUGGCACGUAAGAAGUCAAACUUGGGUCUACCAGAUGGAGCAACGAUUCGAAUAAAACUCAGGACAAAGAGCAGUGACAAUCCAAAGACAGUGACUCAAUGUUCACGACGCAAUGAUGCGGGUUAUAAUGCAACAAAUAUGGCAAAGACUCGGUUGAUUCCACCCCCACCUAGAGAUUCGCCAUCCUCCGUGGCGACACAUGCCCGGCCAUCGGUAAUUGCCGAAUCGUCUGCAAUUGAUGAUGAAGACUGGGGUGACUUUACCUCUGCGUAA